GGCCUCGGCGUUUCCCUGCUGAGUGGCGGAGGGACGCGUUUCCAUGUCGGACAACCAGAGCUGGAAUUCCUCCGGCUCCGAAGAGGACCCCGAGACGGAGUCCGGGCCGCCUGUUGAGCUCUGCGGAGUCCUGAGCAAGUGGACCAACUACAUCCAUGGGUGGCAGGACCGGUGGGUGGUCUUGAAAAACAAUACACUAAGUUACUACAAGUCUGAAGAUGAGACGGAAUACGGCUGCAGGGGCUCAAUCUGUCUGAGUAAGGCUGUCAUUACACCCCACGAUUUUGACGAGUGCAGAUUUGACAUUAGUGUAAAUGAUAGUGUUUGGUACCUACGGGCUCAGGAUCCAGAUCAUAGACAACAAUGGAUAGAUGCAAUUGAACAGCACAAGACCGAAUCUGGCUAUGGAUCAGAGUCCAGCUUACGGCGUCAUGGCUCUAUGGUAUCUCUUGUGUCUGGAGCAAGUGGAUACUCAGCAACAUCAACCUCUUCAUUCAAGAAGGGUCACAGUCUGCGUGAAAAGCUUGCUGAAAUGGAAACCUUCAGAGAUAUCUUGUGUAGACAAGUUGAUACAUUACAGAAAUACUUUGAUGCCUGUGCAGAUGCAGUCUCCAAGGAUGAACUGCAGAGAGAUAAAGUGGUAGAAGAUGAUGAAGAUGAUUUUCCUACAACACGCUCUGAUGGAGACUUUUUGCCUAAUAGUAACGGUAGUAAAGAAAAAUUGUUUCCGCAUGUAACGCCCAAAGGAAUAAAUGGCAUAGACUUUAAAGGGGAAGCUAUAACUUUCAAAGCAACAACGGCUGGAAUCCUUGCUACGCUUUCCCACUGUAUUGAGCUAAUGGUAAAACGUGAGGAUUGCUGGCAGAAAAGAUUGGAUAAGGAAAUGGAAAAACGGAGGAGAAUAGAAGAAGCAUGCAAAAAUGCUAUAACAGAGCUUAAAAAAAAGUCCCAUUUUGGAGGUCCAGACUAUGAGGAAGGUCCCAACAGUCUGAUUAAUGAAGAAGAAUUCUUUGAUGCUGUUGAAGCUGCUCUCGAUAGGCAAGAUAAAAUAGAGGAACAGUCCCAGAGUGAAAAAGUCAGAUUGCACUGGCCAUCAUCAUUGCCACCUGGGGAUGCCUAUUCUGGUCUGGGGACUCACAGAUUUGUCCAAAAGCCCUAUAGUCGCUCUUCCUCCAUGUCUUCCAUUGAUCUAGUCAGUGCCUCUGAUGAUGUUCACAGAUUCAGCGCCCAGGUGGAAGAGAUGGUGCACAACCACAUGACUUACUCAUUACAAGAUGUGGGGGGUGAUGCCAAUUGGCAGCUGGUGGUUGAAGAAGGUGAAAUGAAGGUGUACAGGAGAGAAGUGGAAGAAAAUGGCAUUGUUCUAGAUCCUUUGAAGGCCACACAUGCAGUCAAAGGAGUGACAGGACAUGAGGUCUGCCACUACUUCUGGAAUGUUGAUGUUCGUAAUGACUGGGAAACAACCAUUGAAAACUUCCAUGUUGUAGAAACUUUAGCUGAUAAUGCAAUCAUAAUCUACCAGACACAUAAGAGAGUAUGGCCUGCUUCUCAACGUGAUGUGCUGUAUUUGUCUGCUAUCAGAAAAAUACCAGCAUUUAAUGAAAAUGACACUGAAACAUGGAUUGUCUGCAACUUCUCUGUGGAGCAUGAUAGUGCUCCUUUGAACAAUCGAUGUGUUCGUGCCAAAAUAAAUGUUGCUAUGAUAUGUCAGACGUUGGUAAGCCCACCAGAGGGGAACAAGGAGAUAAGCAGAGACAAUAUUCUAUGCAAGAUUACAUAUGUAGCUAAUGUGAACCCUGGGGGUUGGGCACCAGCUUCUGUGUUGCGUGCAGUAGCAAAACGAGAGUAUCCCAAAUUCUUGAAGCGGUUCACGUCGUAUGUGCAAGAGAAAACGGCAGGAAAGCCUAUUUUAUUCUAGUGAACAGUGAUUGGAACAAGGCUGUGUGAACAUUCCACAUUGGAGAAAUGAACCAAAAUUGAUGCUCCAAGCUGGAACGUAGGAUCUACAGUCUUAUGGCUCAUGUCCUGGAUUCUGUACUCAACUGAAGAAAUACUGCAAUGCCAUGAAACUGAACUUUCACUGUCUUCUGCUAGCUCACCUUGCUGAAUGGGUGUGUAAUUAUAAAUACAUGUGUUGAUACAUGUAUAUGGCUCUACUUUAUUUGCUUGCUUUAGAGGAGAAAAAUACAACUUUGGGUCACCAACUUGGUUUAUUGCUUUAACUUCCGAAUAAUUUGAAAAAGCUUUUGUUUACUGUGGAACUUCAUAUGACACUCGCACAGCUCCCGUUUUUGUGUAUGUCUAAAGAGCACAAAGGACAAGAUGCACAUAUAGCAUACUGUAUGUGCUUUAUCUGCACAAAAACCUAUUGUGUUGUAAUCUUUUUUUCCGGGUUUGCAGUAAACUCUGUGUUUCCUUCCAGAGGGGUUUUGUUCGCUUUGUAUAAUCAUAGUUCAUUGCUUCUGGUUUCUAUGAUAAAUCAUCUUGUUAUGUAAAACAUCUCUUAAUAUGUGAGGGCUGUCAAGAUCCUGAUGACUUUGCCUUUUCUAUGGUCUUGCUCCUAUGAAGACCUUCUGGGUUCUGAUGGAGGAAGUGUGAAAAGCUUUAUUUUUUUCAGAUAUCUUUAUAUUUCUAUUGUAUUUUUUAGUUGUGUAAUAUGUACUACAAGAAACCUGGUUAUUGAACACGAUCCAGAAAUUUCGAAAUGGAUACUGUACAAGAGGGCAUGGCCACCAGAGAGAGUGCCAGCAGUGUCUUGCCCAUGUUGCAUUGUGUGGGCUGCUUUCUUGCAACUGGAUUUAGGGUUUUUCUGAAGCUGCAAAACGUUACACUAUAAUAUUUAUUCAAGCCAAUUGGACUAUACAAGAUAACAUUCCCUGUCUUGAAGAAAGAGCAAAUAUGCUGUUUUCUGGUCCUGCGCGUUUGUUUUUUUCUGUUGAGUAAAAGCUGUGCUAUGAAGUUCAUAUACAAAACCUUUUACACAUAACUUUGCCCCCAAAAUCUGAACUGUUAAGAGAUUGUAAAAAAUCUGCAAACCUAAAUGCAAAGUUCCCUUUAGUUGCUGUGAGAACUUAACUUUGAAGUAUCUGCCUGUCUUUAAUGCCAAGAACACAAGGGGUGAACCAUAAGGAAAAGACUGGUAGUUCUUUGAGGAAAUGCCUCACUUGAAGGUUGUGCUUUGACAGGGAGAUUAUUCAGACAAUUUUUAGCUGUUUGAUCAGCUUAUGUAUAUAUAGAGAGAAGACCAGAUUGGGAUAUAUUUUUGAAGAGAGAGCAGAAAGUCUUAUUUCAUAUAGAGUAGCCGAUGCCAGAAAACAUGACAGUACUUUUUAAUGAAGAUAGAGCUGAUGAAAAUCUUUUCAUGUUGGAAUCAAAUUUACUUGGGUAUGGUGGUUGUGUCUUGGGUACAUGAAAGUUGGCACAACACUUGAUUUACAGACAUGCACGCAGGUUUCAUGCUUUUUGAUCUCCUUUAUUUGCCUUUCUUUAAAUGAUGUGCAUGGAAUAUGCCUUAUUAUAGAAUAACUCUGUUGAUGAUUUGAAAAUGUAGAAAAGUGCCUAUGCGGGUAAUGCUAAUAAGGCAAUUGAGAUGAGAAAUUAGACCUGUUUACUAAUCACCAGUAAGCAUUUUAUAUACAGUUUCUUAUACCUCAGAUGUGUUUAAUCUUUUUACAAUCAACUGGAAAAAAUUGUUUAUUCACCAUAGCCACUGAUGGGAACUUCCAGCAACAAAAAUUGCUUAGACUCUGAAUACAAAUUUAACAAUUUGCAAUUUCUGGUAACUAUCAUGGAACACAUGUAAGUAACUUUAAUUUAAUUGGAUAGCUUUAUUUUACAAAGAUAUGGAAAGUUUACAAAGCAGUAUAUAAAUCUUAAUAUCAUUAGUUGCAUUUGCACUAAAUGUGAUGUAUUUUGUAGUUCUGUAAAUAAAAAAUUACACUAAGGAUUCUUUUUGUAAAGAAAACAUUUUACUUUUAGACAAGUGGUGUCACUUCACUAGAGCUAGCCCUGCCCAACUGAUCAUCACACGCUUCUUAGGGUAUAUGGCAAGAGCUAAAACAGGGCAUAAAAGCUUCCCCGAGAAGCUGACAGGCUCUGUUGUUCAUGCCGAGUACCUGUUGCGCCCUUUCUUCCAGCACAGAACUCUUCCCAACCUUCUGAUUAGCUUUUUUAUUCGCCUGAUAAACAAAGUUUCAUUCUGCUGAGCGAUAUCAACCUUCGCCUUUGGUAAUAACUGAUGAGCAGACACUCCAGUUCCUUUUCAUUUACUUGUGUAUGAAUCCGUGGAUGCAGACCCUUUUCCAAAGGUGAAUUUGUCUCCUCAGCGUCUGUUGCCUUGAAAGCCUGAAUCUGCUGCCACAUCAAAUUAUUUCCAUCAAAUGCUGGACUGCAGUCUUUUUUCUUUAGUUGGGGAGGGGAAAGAGGUCAGGAAACAAGGGCUGUUCUACUUGAUUUUUAAAUUCUUUUAAUAAUGGGUUUUUCAUUCUGACUAAAUCUUAAGCAUUUCUUGGAAUAAUGAUGCUAUUUCACCUUGAAGUUUACUUUUUAUCUUACUGGGCUGAGCUGGUUCAUCAGAAGUUGUACUGGUUCUCCUUAAUCAAAUGGUCAAGUCAAACUUUCACCAAACAUUUUGUCAAUUGUUGUAUAAAUGAAGCUGUAUUUGGGUUGCCACUGUUCAUCUACAUACUCAAAACAUGAAUCAAUUUUAGAGUACCUUGAGUGUGUAGAGUGUGACUGUUCUAUGAUAGCUUUAUGAUCCUGUUAACUUUAAAAAAACAAAACUAAACAGAGUUGGCUCUUCCAUGUUACAAUCUCAAAUUUAAAAAACAGUAUUUAAAAGUAACAAGUAUUAAAAGAUAUUACAAACAUA